AUGUGCUUCUAUCAUCUACUGCUGGGGUUUGACCUCAGAUGUCUGCUGAUGUUUAUUCUAAUCUUUCUACUGGUAGCAGAGUGCCUCAAAAACAGGAAUCCUCCGAACUAUCCUCCCGGGCCGCUUGCUCUCCCCUUUGUUGGCAAUUUGUUCAGACUGGACAUCAAUAUUACCGAGCUGGCUGACGUCCAUGGAAAUGUAUUCCACAUUCAUUACGGCCGUCAAAAGAUGGUGUUUGUGUGCAGCUACAAGAUGGUAAAGGAGGCUUUUUUGACGCAGGCUGAGAACUUUGUGGAUCGAGCGCCCAGUGUGGUUUACACAAGGUUCUUCUCCGGACAAACAAAUGGUCUGAUUAUGACCAAUGGCGAACCUUGGAAGACGCAGCGGCGUUUCGCCUUGUCUACUAUGCGCAACUUUGGCGUUGGAAAAAAUCUCAUGGAGCAAAACAUCUGUGAGGAAGCUCGACACCUGCUCGAGGAGAUUGAGAGGCACAACGGUAAACCUUUCACACCAGCGGGGCUCUUCAACAACGCUGCAUCCAACAUCAUCUGCCAACUGGUGAUGGGAAGACGCUUUGAGUACAGCGACCACAACUUUGUUACCGUGCUUAAAAAUUUAUCUGAAUUCUUUAGAUUGGUGGGUUCCAAGUGGUUCGAUCUCUACGAGGUAGUCCCCGGAAUAAUGAAGCACCUGCCAGGUCCUCACAACAAAAUGUUUAGCCUUUUUAACAACAUCUCUGAUUUCAUCAGUGAGGAAGUGAAGAGGCACAAACGGGACCUGGACCCCAACAAUCCCAGGGACUACAUUGACUCUUUCCUGAUAGAAAUGAAGAAUCACUCUGAAGACAAUCAGAGCUUCAAUGACAAGAAUUUGGUUCUGUGUGCCAUGGAUCUCUUCUUGGCAGGAACAGAAACAACGGCCAGCACUUUGCAAUGGGCUUUGAUUUAUCUCAUCAAAAACCCUGAUGUCCAGGAAAAGGUCCAUGCAGAGAUUGACCAAGUGAUCGGACGGACUCGUCUGCCUACUAUGGCUGACAGGGCCAACCUUCCCUACACUGAUGCUGUCAUCCAUGAGAUCCAGAGGAUGGCCAACAUUUCUCCUUUCAGCAUACCCACAGUGGCUGCCAAAGACACACAACUGGGUGGCUACUCAAUACCAAAGGGUACUUGUGUGAUAAUCUUGCUGACGUCUGUGCUGUUUGACAAGAAUGAAUGGGAGACACCACACACUUUCAACCCCGGACACUUUCUUGAUGCUAGUGGCAAGUUCCUAAAGAAAGAAGCCUUCCUGCCUUUCUCUGCAGGAAAGCGUAUGUGUCUUGGAGAAGGAUUGGCCAGGAUGGAGAUAUUCCUGUUUUUGAUAGCUUUACUUCAGAAGUUCUCCUUCUCCGCCCCCCAUGGAGAAGAGUUAAGGACAGACGGAAUCUUAGGAGACGUACUCGUGCCACACAGCUUCAAUGUCCACGCAAAGGCUCGCUAAUCGAUGUAGUGUAACACAAAUGCAACAAUUGACACCACUGUUUGUUUUUCCUAAACUUCAAUGCUAUGUUUUCUCGGCCUAAGAGUACUUCCAAUCUUUUUCAGUCAGCCAAUAAGUAAAAAAAAAAAAUUAAGUCUUAAAUGGAAAUGUUUAUCCUGCUACAGAGAUGAAGGGCUACUUUCCUCCACAACACAGGUGAAUAUGACCCUACCGGUAGCGGGCGGUGCAUUUCAUACCUGGGACUUAAGCAACUUAAUACACUUCUUAAUACCACCACUAUCACGAGCAUUUAUACAAACCAUCAAUAAUAUACAAAAACAUAAUAUAACAACGCGUGGAAUUACAGAAUUAGGGAUGAAUAACAUUACUAAAGCAAGAAACCCAGUUAAACAUUUAUCUUUAAAUACAUCUCUAAACAAUUCCAAAACUCUACGCUACGACAUCAUCUGAAGCAGUUCAGAAUCAAUAGUUAUAUAAUAACAUGACAAAAACAUAAAAACCUACCAGAGUAUGUUACUUAGAGGCGCUAAGCCAGUUGUACUGCUUGUAAACACUGGUCUGGAAGUCGCAAAUAAAACCUUUCCCUUGGGACAAACUAGCUAGCUUUGGAGUUGGUUUACAUCUGCUGACGUUGUGUCGCUAUUGCAGGAAAGUCUGCCUUGAAAACGCAUUUUCCAGAAUGUCUGACAUCAAGUCAAUUUCUUCUUCCCCCCAGUCUGCCAUUUUGGGCGUUAUUGCAGGCAAAAUGCGCUGACAAGCAACUUUUGGCGUGCAUUACCACCACCUCCUGCUUGUCAAACUUUGCUUUGUUUUGCUCUCAUCAACCAGUCAGAGGAUGGAAAAAUAGCAAUCUAAUUUAUCUUAUUUAUUAUGUAUUGUGUAAAACUAAGACAUGAAUAACAUCAAAUUAAAAGCACAAAAUGAAUGCCGACCCACCAUCCACCAGUUCAAGUUCCAGCCAAGUUUUUCCAGAGAGAUUAUUACAUCGCUGUUUGACGUGUGUGGUAAAACGCAGUGUGCUAGCAUGAAUUAACUUGAGACAAAUGUGCACAUUAGCACUCAAUAAGUCAUCAAAACUUACCUUUAUGCAUUCCCACAUAGUAUCAGCAUUUGACACCAAAUAUGAGGUGAAAGAAAAAUGGUAAAAAUACAGUAGUAGUCUAUCUGUGCGGCAUGAGAUAAAGUUAGCACACGCGCAAUGGACAUGCGUCAAGUGAGACGGAUGUAACAGAGAGAAUCCGGCCACUUUUCAAAAUAAAACAUUAAAAAAAUUAAAAAAUAAGGGAAAUUAUUUUUUCGUUCUGUGCGGCCAAAUGACCCACGGCCAAAUGACCAAAUGACCCACGGCCUAGUACCGGGUCAUGGCCAUGGUUGGGGACCACUGCUAUAGGCAACAAUAUCAACAACUUGUAACAUACUAUUGCAACACAAUAAACAAAAACAAAAUCCCAUGGAUAUUUUAAAUGUUCCUCAUUUCUACGUAUGUAUGUAUGUUUGUAAAUGCAUGAUGUACGUAUGUGUAUGCAUGUUAUGUUUAUGUACUGUAUGUAUGCACCUACGCUAUAUGUAGGAAUUUAUGCACAUGGAUGUAUAUGUACAUGCGUAAAUGUGUAUGUGUGUGUACUGUAUGUGUAUAUGUUAGUUUUACCAAAUCAUAAAAUUUUUUUAUCAAGUUAAUCACAUGUUUACUAUGUGAUAAAUCAUGAUUAAUCACACCGUUCUCUCGGGCUCAAUAAGGUCUAUCUAGCUA